UCCAACCACAAUCAAAUUUGCUUCAUCCGGAUGUUUUUUUUUUUUUUUUUUUUGAAUGACAAGCUGAAAUAAAAUAGGAUUAACAAGGCUAUUUUUAAAAUGUAAGAAGUAGAAAGUACAGAUAAUUGCGUGAAAAUGUAAGGAGUAGAAGUAAAAAGUCAGCUGAAAAAUAAUUACUCCAGUAAAGUAUAGAUACCCAAAAUUUCUACUUAAGUAAGGUAACGAAGUAUUUGUACUUCGUCACUUGACACCUCUGAGUUUGACACAGUUCAGUAUGAAACAAUUGGUUAGUAACAUUGUAUGAUAGAUUAACAUUUUCUAAAUUAUUGUUCGUGACUUGAGUUUUCUUUCGGUUAUCAGAGUUUUCAAUUAGCCACAUAAUAUACAGUCAAAACAGCUGGUUAAACCGUAAAAAAAAAAAAAAUUAAUCUCAUUGAACUUUCUUUAUACUUUGUCACCCUGCCAGUGUGUGUAGAUGUUAGUUUUUGUUUCUUUUUCACUCUACUGUACUCGAUUCUUUACUGGAAACUGAUCAACUUUUUAUGCAUUUAUGACAGAUGUUCUUUUCUAAAAUGUCUGCUUCUCUUUUUUAGAUAUUUCCCCAACAAACCUGAAUGCUUAACAGAAAUGUAAAAAGUCGAAUGUAGCUAUAAAAUGAUUAAUGAGCUGCAUCAGCAAAUCUCUCCAGAAAUGGAAUUCUGAAGUUAAAAAGAAUCUGAGCAGGAUAAGCUUCAAUGAAAAAUAAACUAUGAUGAACUGAAAUAGUGUGGCAGGAUAUGAAGUGCGGGGAUGAAACAUUAAUUUCUUCUUCAUGAAGACAUCUCAUCAUUACUUUCACAAUGAUUCCCAUUUUGCAGCAUACUUUUAUAAUUGCUGCUAUUUUCUUCCUCAAUUUUGAACUGUGUUGCUGCCCGUGUGGACGAGCUGAAUAUGAGACGAAUGGAGAAUGCUGUCCCAUGUGUUCACCUGGUAAUCGAGUUUAUAGACAUUGCACUGAAUUUACGAGCACAACCUGUAUGCCAUGUAUUGACUCAACUUACACUGAUGAGCCCAAUGGUCUUUUAAAGUGCAUUAGCUGUACAAUGUGUGAUACGGGUGCAGGAUUAAGAGUAAAAAUAGCCUGCACACGAAUUUCAAACACAAUUUGUGAGCCACUAGAGGAAUUUUAUUGCAUAGAUGAGGACAAGGGCAGCUGUAGACAAGCUGUAGAACACACAAAAUGCAAACCUGGACAAUAUAUAAAGCAGAAAGGAACAGCAGUUAGUGAUGUUGAAUGUGCAGUGUGUUCAGAUGGCACCUACUCCAAUGGCUCCAUUCAGAUUUGUCAAAUUUAUACAAAGUGUGAAGAUUUGGGACUUGAAGAAAAGACAAGAGGAACAAAUUCCUUUGAUGUUGAAUGUGGACCAAAAGCUCCAGUAGCUCUAAUAACCAUGAUCAUAGUUAUAGUAGUGGCAAUAGUUUUGGUUGUAUCUGGAGCACUGUUUUUUAUAAAAAGAUAUACAAAAUAUUUACCUGGAGGUAAGUUUCAUAUGAAUCUGUGUAUAGUUUUUUUUGGUUCUUAAAAUAUUUACUUUUUAAAUUGAAAACUUUAAUAAUAUUAGUUUAUCAAACACAGGUUGUACUGCCGAGGUGAUAUGACUUUCAGUCAACCAGACAAAUGUAAGCACUGCAUUAGUGUUAUGGGGAAUAAUUAAAUGAUUUCCUCUUUAUGCCAUUUUUAUCUAUAAUAUUUAGAUAGUAUGCAUUAAAACGGAGAAAUAAAUAUUUUUGCUAAAAGAAUGUUUUGUUUUAUAAGGAAAAAGAUACUUUACAGAGAGUGACAAAUAAAGAAUGGUAGGAGUUGAUGUAAAGAGAUGCGCCCUGUUAUAACUAUGAAAUACUGUAGUAUAAUUUCUGCAAACCUGAAGGCAGAACUGUGCAGAAUAGAUAUGAUAUGCAGGAUUUCUUUUGGAGAGAAGACCUAAGUUAUUGUGUAAAUUAUAAGUAAUAAUAUCUUUUGUUAAAACACAAAUUUACUGACUUUCAAUUUUCUUCAGUGGCAGAAUGCUUAAAUCUUGCUAAUUUUUGAUUUGUGUAAUUUUUCUUCUUGUCCUAGAAAUAAUAUGUGUGUCUGUAAUCACUGUGGUCAUUCGGCUUCUCCAGUUGAAAAUGACUGUGGAAAACAGAAUACACCCAGUUACAUCCAGUGCCCAGCUAAGAUUUGUUGUGGUUGCUUGGGACAUGUUGGAACAUACAGACCAACUAUACUGAUCUGUUUCAAUCUCAUAACUGUUUGUCUGGGAGCUGCCAUAUAUUAUGACCAUAAGCCAUAUGUUGGACCACUGGACCGACAGCAUCUGAAAAAAGAUCCUUGAUAACGGUUGAUCACGGUUUUGUUUUGAUUUGAUCUCCAUUCAAUCCACAGUCUGUGUUCAUACACUGAGAAGAAUCUGAGCGCACAAGAGCAUGCUAGUACUUUGUAGCUGGAUGGGUUGGCAAAAUGAAAAAUUAAAUCUAUUUAACUGUGUAUAAUUAUUUAUGUAAUUCAAUCUUUAAUACCUGAUUCUUGUACUUUUAUAUCUUUUAUAUUGUACAUAUUUUUGUGAUGUAAUAAAAAAGGAAAGCUAUCUGAAAAAAAA